AUGUGGUCUACUGUCCAUGGUUUUUUGAUGCUUGGUCUGAUAGUCACCACGCUUCCCGCUGCGUCCGGAUAUGUUACUACCAAAUCAGCCAAAUUGCGCACCGUCAUUACAACCGACAUGGAGCAGGACGACUUGGCCUCGCUGCUCCGAUUCCUGCUUUAUACAAAUGAACUCGAUACGCAGGGCAUCAUCUAUACCUCCAGCGUAUAUCACUGGGCCGGCAAUGGCAAUGGCACAUCGUUGCGUUGGACUGGCACGCGGACUAUUGAGGACGAUGUCCUCAAGGCCUACGCAGAGGUGUACCCGAAUCUACGUCGCCAUGAUCCAUCUUACCCGGCGCCGAAGGAAUUGUUGUCCACAGUUAAGAUUGGUAACAUCGAUUUUGAGGGUGAAAUGGAUCAUGACACCGAUGGCUCAGACCUCAUUCAGGCGCUAUUGUUGGACAAUGAUCCACGAACGCUAUACUUGCAGGCUUGGGGCGGCACCAACACCAUAGCCCGUGCACUCAAGUCAAUUGAGGAGCGGUAUUCGGGCUCGCGCAAGUGGGCACGAACCAAGGAGACUAUCUCCCGCAAAGCUGUCAUCAUGGCCAGUGGAUUUCAGGACACGACGUACGUUGAUUAUAUUGCUCCGCACUGGCCCCAGAUUCGCGUCGAGGAGAUGUCGGCCGGCUACGACACGUGGGGGUUCAACUGCAAUAAGGGCCAGGGCAACGUCCGUGGCUUGCCAGAUGAUCACUUGUAUUUUACAGGUGACUGGAUUAAGCCAAAUAUUGAAAUGGGACCGUACGGAAAGCUCUACCGCGCCUGGCUCGACGGCCAAUCCAUGCCAGGUGAUCCAUUAGACGUUUUUGGCAAUCUAACAAAAGCGGCCUCUGGCUGGUGCAAGCCACUUGGCUCAUACGAUUUCCUUUCCGAGGGCGAUAACGUCGCGUUUAAUCCCCUAUUGACCACCGGCAUCCAGGACCCAACCAACCCGAACCUUGGUGGCUGGGGCGGCCGGGCCAAACAAAACACAACGUCUCCGGAUUUGUGGGUGAUGGUCGACAGCGAAACAAACACGAACGGUACAAAAACCGACGCAUAUACGACAAACCGCUGGAUUGCGGCUGUUCAGAACGACUUUGCCGCGCGCAUGCAGUGGACAGUGACACCUCAGUACCGCAACGGAAACCACGCGCCCUCUGUUCAUAUCUUGAAUGGUAGUACAGUAAAAGGACGCCCUGGUAAGACGGUUACACUGGUUGGUGCAGUUCACGAUCCAGAUGACGACAAGGUCAACAGUUCCUGGUGGCAGUAUGUGGAGGAAGGUACAUACCCCGGUGCCGUGGCUGUCACUGAUCACGGCCGAAAUCAGGCGAGUGUGAUAAUUCCGGCUAAUGCGGAGCCUGGUCAAACAAUCUCGAUCAUUCUGCAAGGGACCGACGAUGGGCACUUUCCGUUGACUCGCUAUGACCGCGUUCUUAUCCAAGUCAUGUAA